GAGCAGGGGGAGAUGAUAAAAAAAAAAAACCAGAAAGCUGCUUGUGAUUUUAGUUUCGUAAGAAGGAAAACAACUGAGAGAAGGUUCCCGCAAUUUACGUACGAUUUUAAAGUUUUUAUAGCCACAUCAAAGAGGACAAAGACGUGUGAUAUUGCCCAAGUUUCAAACAGGUUCAACUAACACCUAGAUAUAUACGCAUUUGCCGUCGUGCGUGUCUCGUUUACGUUUUGGCCGUUCAAGAUGGCUUCGAUGGAGAAACGGUUGCAGAAAGAACUUCAAUCACUAACAAAAGAUCCUCCUCCAGGAUUGUGUGUAGAUAUCAAAAGCAUUGCUAAAAGCAUGUCCGAAUGGAUUGUCGAUUUGGAUGGUGCAUCUGGCACAUUGUACGGUGGUGAGAGCUUCAAACUCUGUUUUAAGUUUGGUCCUCGUUAUCCAUUCGAGUCUCCUCAGGUGACCUUUAUAGGUAACAACAUACCUGUUCACCCACACGUUUACAGCAACGGUCACAUUUGUCUUUCAAUAUUAUCUGAUGACUGGUCUCCAGCCCUGUCUGUACAGUCAAUCUGCCUUAGCAUUAUCAGUAUGCUCUCCAGCUGCCGAGAAAAGAAACGUCCCCCAGACAAUGGUUUUUAUGUAAAAACAGCACACAAAAAUCCCAAAAAGACCAAAUGGUGGUAUCAUGAUGAUACAGUAUGAAAGUGGAUUACCAUUAUUGUUAUAAAAGCAAACACCCUAAAUUGGCAGACAAUGUUUGAUCAAAGUAAUAAUCUGGUUAUGUUCCAGACACUGAAUAUUAUUACUAUUGAAGAUUCACAGAAAAAGAAGAAAAAUAAUAUUAAAAAAAAAAUGAAUAAAAAAAAUUUAAAAUAAUAAAAAAAAA